AUGCCACACGCAGUGUGUGCCAUUUGGAGAUGGUGCCUCUCUCGCCUCCUUCUUGACUCCCCGCAAGGUUGUCAAGUAGCGGAUUGUGCGCGAUUGCAAUCUUUCCAAGUUGAGUUGGCACCCGCGGGCGCAGGGGUGAGCACCAGGAACGAGGCGGCAACCGGCGUGGUCAAAUACCCCGGAGUCGGACGGAUCGCUACACGACAACGUAGAAUGGGGAAUGGUGUCGAAAGCAAGCGCGUGAUCACUUCGGCCAGCUUCUCGAAGGAUCAUCCGUGUGCGACACUCUCGGCGACACACGGCCUACAGGAUUGUAUUUCUCAUCUUGUCAAAGGAUCACCUAAGGCGUCAGCGGAUGGGACCAUCUUGUCUGCAAGCAUGCUCACAUCGAGUAUCUGGAUCCGUCCCUACCAAUUCGCAUUGGACGUACCGAAGACCGUUCAGUCAAAACAGUGGAUCCGGAUCAAGGGAGACGGCAAGGAGCUUUGCCUCGAGAACCAUACUCUUUGGGCUGGGUAUACUGCGGUGGAACAAGCUUCUAGUGCAGCCGAGAAGCAAGGAUAUGCUACUUUAUAUGAAGGCAAGCUAUACAGUAGCAUCAAACGUGAAGAAUUCGAUAGUCCUCCUCCCAAGAGAAUGGUACUCAAUUCUGGCUGUAACGACAACGUCAAACUGGCAUUCAGAAUCCAAGCGCCGCCAAGAAUCAUGUGGUCCAGUGUUGGCCGCUCAGAGGAGCCCCAGAAGUUUUAUCCUUGUAAUGUGACUUUUUACCAUCGCCUAGGGAAUGAAGAGGAUGCUCCUGAGGGAUCCAACGACAGCGAGAUCACGGACGGUUCUCAGCCUACUAGGCGUCCAUCUGCCGCUACUCGCAGCCUAACGGAUGCUCAUCGUGGAGAGUCUUCUGCGAGUGAUGGUGUACAUCAAGAGAGCAUGGUACACGUUGCUCCUGGUCAAUCCGUUGAUACUGAAGGCAAUCCGCCCCGGACGAAACAGUGGUACAGUGAUUUUGUCGAUGAUGGGACCACAGAGUCCUUCCCCGCUUGA